UAGAUCAGCACAUUACGGUUAUUCAUGGGGAAAAUACUAUUUUAAAGAUGUCAAAUUUCCUUAAAUUAUUUACAGAUUUAUUGCCUGCUACAGACUGAAUUGUGUCCUCCUCAAAAUUCAUAUGCUGAAGCCUUAACCCAUAAUGUGAUUUUGUUUGGAAAUAGCACAAUUAGGGAGGUAGUUAAGGUUAAAUUAUAUCAUAAGGGUGAGUCCCUAAUCCAAGAAUACUAGUGUCCCUAUAAGAAAAGGCAGAGAAAUCAGAGAUCUCCUUUCACAUGCACACAGAGAAGAGACCAUGUGAGGAUAAUGUGAGAAUAUAGCUGUCUGCAAGCCAGGCAAAGAGCCUUUACCAGAAAUCAACCCUCCUGACACCUUUAUCUUGGACUUUCUAGCCUCCAGAGCUAUGAGAAAAUAAAUUUACUUUGUUUAAGUCACACAGUCUGUGUUAUUUGUUACGGCAGACUGAGCAGACUAAUGCACUGCCUUACAUGUACCAUCCAAGAUGGCAACCAGAAUUGGGCUGCUGUUUGCCAAAAUCAACCCUGGAGAAACUAUAGAAGGGAGAAGAGAGAAUUACAUCAACAGUACAAAAGCAACACAAAUGAGAAAUCCUUGAGGGACACGAAAUCUGUGUUGAACUAGUACUUAUGUAUGGGCAGGCGGGGGCAUAUGCUCAAGUAGAGACAGGUCUAUAGCAACAGAAGCAGAUGACAGAAUUGGUUGGGGAAAAGGUUUUGAAGUUUGGCCCUUGCUUAUUUUCAGCGUGCCUUGGGGCAAUGAAUUUCUACUGCUUCACUGAAGAAUCUGAGCUGGCACCUCAGACCCUAUGUGCCAGUACCGUGGGAUAAUAACGGGACAACACAAAAGUUUAAAUUGGUUGAAACAGUAUGAUCACAAUCUUUGUUAAUAACCACCUGAAACCUCUUUUUUUUUUCUGAUAGGAUUGGCCUUUUAAAAAUAAAUAUUGCAAUCAAAUAUAAGGAAUGGAAUGAAUGAAUCACACAUAACAAGGGCCUCACCCCAAGAACAAAUGAGGAUUCAGAACCUGGCCGCGUUCAGCCUGGCUGUACCCCUCGAGGCAUGGCUGUUAAACCCAACGCACCUUCAGUUCUGUCCCGUGGUAUCUGGAAGUGAAGACCUAUCUGAGGCUGGCAUACUCAGGACAGCAGAGGGAGAAAUCCCAGGUUUUAUACGGAAUAAAAGAGGAGCUUGAGCGAGGACUUGAGACUUUCAACCUCGUAACUGUUCCCGCAUUACCUGAUAACCUGUCCACAUUCCCUGACCAAUAUCACCAUGCCACGGGGGCAGAAAAGUAAGCUCCGGGCCCGUGAGAAACGCCGCCAGGCUCGGAAUGAGGCUCAGGGUCUCCAGGGUGCUCAGGCUACUGCAGCAGAGGAAGAAGGGCCCUCCACUUCCUCCUCUUCUCUUUGUGGUGGCAAUACCCAGAGAUCCUCUGCUGCUGGGUCAUGUAGCAAAUCCCAGGAGUCUGGGAGAGCCCCAUCUACCACCACUACUUCUGCAGGUGUUUCACGCACAACAUUUGAUGAAGGUGCCCAGAGGCAAGACGAAGAAAGACCAGGCACCUCCCAGGCACCACUCACCACUGAUCGUUCACCCAGAUCACCUUUAGACCAAAAGGCAAUUUUGUUGGUGCAGUUCCUGCUCCGCAAGUAUAACAUGAGGGAGUCCAUAACAAAGGCAGACAUGCUGAAGUAUGUCAUCAAAAAGUAUAAGAAUCACUUCAAUGAGAUCCUCAGGAGAGCCUCUGACCUUAUGGUGCUUGCCUUUGGCAUUGAUGUGAAGGAAGUCGACCCAACCAGGCAAUACUAUGCCCUUGUCAGCAAAUUGAAUCCCAGUGGUGAUGUAAGGCUGACUGGUGAGGAGAUCAUGCCCAAGACUGGCCUCCUGAUGACUGUCCUGUGUGUGAUCUUCAUGAAGGGCAACUGUGCCUCUGAAGAAGAUAUCUGGGAAGUGCUUAAUGUGAUGGAGAUAUACGAUGGAAAGAUGCAUGUUAUGUAUGGGGAUCCCAAGAAGCUCCUCACUCAAGAUUUGGUAAGGGAAAAGUACCUGGAGUACCGGCAGGUGGCCAACAGUGAUCCUCCACGCUAUGAAUUCCUGUGGGGUCCCAGAGCCCAUGCUGAAACCAGCAAAAUGAAAAUCCUGGAGUUUUUGGCCAAGAUCCAUGACACAGUCCCCAGUGCCUUUCCGUCCUGGUAUGAAGAGGCUAUGAGAGAUGAGGAAGAGAGAGCCCGAGCCAGACUUGCAGCCCUGUUUCGUACGAGUCCCACGGCCAGUGCACAUUCCAGAGUCAAUUCCAGCAAUUCCUCCCACCGCUAGUGAAGUUUGAGGCACUUUCCUCACUUUGUGUUUGAAGAGAGAAUUCAACCUUUUCAGUAGUGGACGGAUAUGGUGGUGUUGGAGGGAACACAGUACAUAUCAUACCUGUGUUCCUGUUCUACAAGAGUAACUUGGAGAUUUAUCUUUUCUUUUGUUGGAAGUUUUCAAAUGCUAUUUAUUUCUUAAAAGUUUAAUUAUCUUUAGAAUCUAAGUGUAUGAAUAAUAUUGGUUACAUAUAAUAUUUAAUGUUGUUUAUGAGGCUUAAGAGUUAAGAGUUUUCCUAUUUUAUGAAACAAAUUGGGAAAACUUCCAUCUUAUUUAGUGAUAUGGAACAAAAAAACCACAGCACUAGAAUAGACAUUUCCUUAAAAUGUGAAAUAAACAGCAGUUGUAAUUGAAUAG